AUGGUUGCCUUAACUCUUGGUAUCUUCUUCACGUCGCUGGCGGCGUCUGCUGUUGCAGCUCCGGCCCCAGCCAUCACUCCUGCACCCAAGCCCGAAGUCGUGAAGCGUGCCUCCAGCUGCACUUUUUCAGGCUCCAACGGAGCUGCUGAGGCUUCCAAGUCACAGUCAUCAUGUGCUACCAUGGUCCUUUCCGACGUUGCCGUCCCUUCAGGCACAACUUUGGACCUCUCUAGUCUGGCUGACGAUACUACUGUCAUCUUCGAGGGUACCACCACCUGGGGCUACUCGGAGUGGAAGGGUCCUCUUCUUGACAUUCGAGGAAAGAAGAUCACUGUCAAGGGCGCCGAGGGAUCUGUUCUCAACGGUGAUGGUGCUCGUUGGUGGGACGGCAAAGGUGGAAACGGUGGAAAGACCAAGCCCAAGUUCUUCUCGGCUCACAAACUGACCGACUCCUCUAUCACCGGCAUUACCAUCAAGAACCCUCCUGUCCAAGUCGUUAGCAUCAACGGCUGCGAUGGUCUUACCAUUACAGACAUGACUAUUGAUGCGUCCGACGGCGACAAGGACGAGCAGGGCCACAACACAGAUGGUUUCGAUAUUGGCUCCAGCAACAACGUCAUCAUUGAUGGCGCCAAGGUUUACAACCAGGAUGAUUGUGUAGCUGUCAACUCAGGUACCGAAAUCACCUUCAAGAACGGCCUCUGCUCCGGUGGACACGGUCUAUCCAUUGGCUCGGUUGGUGGUCGUGACGAUAACACUGUCGACACCGUCACCUUCUCCAAUUCCGAGGUGACCAAGUCUGUCAACGGUGUCCGCGUCAAGGCUAAGGUUGGCACAACCGGCAAGAUCAACAAGGUUACCUACGAAGAUAUUACUCUGUCUGAGAUUUCCAAGUAUGGCGUUCUUAUUGAACAGAACUACGAUGGUGGUGACCUUCACGGUGACGCGGACACUGGUGUCCCCAUCACCGCCUUGACACUUGACAACGUCACUGGUGGUGUUUCCAGCAGUGGCUACGACGUCGUUGUCACCUGUGGCAAAGGAUCUUGCACAGGCUGGACCUGGACCGGUGUCGACGUUACUGGUGGUAAGACCUAUGACAAGUGCUCCAACGUGCCCAGCGUUACCAAGUGUUCGUGA